ACUGACCAACCAGCCUUUUCCCUGUGCAAACAUAGUUUCAAUUCUAGAAAAGCCACACCUAUGCUGUUUGUGCAUCAACUUUGUAAUUCCAUCAAGUCCUCCCCUUGUGCUCUGUGUCUGGCCAAUCGUCAGUUAUUAAGACACUUCCUCUAUUUCAGUACUGCCUUUUUCUGCGGUCACACUCACUUUUAUGAGUGGCAUUUGCUGGUUUCCUGAGCUGAGUUUGACUUCUGAUACAUGCAGCAAUUUCACCUAAGAAAUGGCUUUUAAGAAAAAACUGUUUUUGAGAUAUAUCUCUUUAUUUUUUCUUAGCUUUUCACUUAUUUACCUUGUAAUGAACUCUACAAGAAAAGGCUGCUUACAGAGCGAGCGGGUGGACAUGGAACACCUGAUAAAGCAUGAUGUUGGAGAACUGCAAGCUUGUUCAGCCAUUAUCCAAGGAGACAUGAAUGGAGUUGAGAGCAAAUACUUCAGCAAACUCCUUUCUCAGCGGGUAAAAACUUCUCUUUUUUCUGAGUCCUUCUACAUAAAUGCCACAAAGGACUGCCAAUUUUUUGUCAGAGAUAGAGGGUUUCUAACAGUUCCUCUGAGCAAGGAGGAAAGAGACUUCCCAAUUGCUUACUCCAUAGUUAUCCAUGAGAAGAUUGAGAUGUUUGAGAGGCUCCUGCGUGCUAUUUACACUCCUCAGAAUGUCUACUGUGUUCAUGUGGACAAGAAGUCACCUAAGAUCUUUUUUGAGGCGGUACGGGCUAUUGUGUCUUGUUUGCCCAAUGUGUUUGUGGCCAGUAAGUUAGAGGGUGUCAUCUAUGCCUCCUGGUCACGAGUUCAAGCAGACAUCAACUGCAUGGAGGACCUUCUCAAGUCUCCUGUCAGGUGGAGGUAUCUGCUCAACACAUGUGGGGCAGAUUUUCCCUUAAAAACCAAUGCAGAGCUUGUUCGUUCUCUGAAAAAUCUCAAUGGAAAGAACAGUAUGGAGUCAGAAGUCACAAGCUCACACAAAAAAGCCCGCUGGGAGUACCAUCAUAACGUCACAACCACUGUGACUCGGACAGGCAUUAGGAAGACACCGCCACCCAUUGACAUCCCUAUGUUCUCUGGGAAUGCAUACUUUGUUGUUACUAGAGAGUUUGUAGAACAUAUCUUUGAGAGUCCGGAAAUCCAGAACUUCAUGGAAUGGGAGAAGGACACGUACAGCCCAGAUGAGCACAUGUGGGCAACACUACAGAGGAUGCAUUCAGUGCCUGGCUCCAACCCACACAAUGAAAAAUAUGAUGAGUCGGACAUGGUGGCAAUUGCGAGGUUGGUCAAGUGGAUUUACCAUGAAGGAAACAUGAAGGAUGGAGCACCAUAUCCACCAUGCACUGGGUCAUAUAGGCAUGCAGUGUGUGUUUAUGGAGCAGGGGACCUGAACUGGAUUUUGAAGCAGAAACAUCUCUUUGCUAACAAAUUUGACCCAGGAGUGGAUGACAUUGCUAUAAAAUGCUUAGAAGCUUUUUUACGGUACAAAGCAAUUUAUGGUCAGUCUUUACUUAACAUAGAUAAAGCAAAUAUAAUUAAAUAAUACUGUAUUUACAUAAUUCUACCAACUGUGUAUAUUUUGACACACUGUAUAUAUGACUAAUAUUUAUAUUUAAAUGUAGAGUUUAUUUAAGGAAAUAUUCUAAUGUUCAAAGUUCAUGAACUUUAAUGUAGCAAAGCCAGUAAUACUUCAAACUAGCUUUAACAGUUAAAAGAUUUUAACAAAGCAGACAAACUUCAGAAAUGUGUGUAUGUGAACUCAAUCUCAUGGCAAUAAAUGAGAAAAAUAUUAGCAAGCAGUUAAUAGUAAGCCUUUGUUACAGUUUUUAAAUCAAGACACAAAACACACUUUUAUAAGGUGGCUUUUUAAUCUGUGUUUGUCUGUUCUAUCUGUGUUUUAUUUGGUGGGUUUUCUUUUCUCUUUUUUUUCAAACGUACUCUUAAUAUUUUAUUCUAUAUCAUUUUAUUUUGUGUAUGCACAGCACUUUGGUCAGCUUUUGUUGUAUUAAAUGUGCUUUAUAAACAAAAUCUCUUUCACUCUUUCAAAAUAAGGUUCUUUUUUGCAUUUUGCCAGAGACAUUAUGUAAGUGCUAAUUCUCUAUUUGUUAAAAGAAUAAAGACAACACACUGUA